AUGAACAAUCGUACAUAUCCUCGAAAUGAUCAGUCAAAUACUAAUACGAAGAAAAACCGUUAUAAUGAUGAACCACCAUCAAGCGACAACGACAAAGCUAAUUCAAACGUUUAUCACGAUCAGUUUUCUAAUGUGGUUUUUCAUGGAAGAAUGCCACGAAGUAAAACGAUUCCUCCACCAAUACCCAGUAAUAUGCAACUGAUUAAUUCUCCAGCACCAUCGCCCCGUCGUCUUCGUUCAUCUGAUGGUUCUGAUGAUGAGUACGUCGAGGUCAACAAGAACAAGAAGAAAAAACGUAUACAAAAACAAACUGGACAACUUCAUCCUGAUCAAACUUACCCGAUUCUUGAUUUCAACCUGAACAACAACUGCAACACCACAACAGCUCCUCAUUCAUCAGUUCCAACACACAAAGUAACAUCCCCUGCUCAACCUGUUC